AUGACCGCCCUCAACCCCGCGAUCCCAGAGCUGGGAGAAGCGCAACACGCCAUGGAAUCGCCCGACACCCUCCCCGAGUCGCGCGUGCUCAUCAUCAUGACCGGCGGCACCAUUUGCAUGCGCCCGUCGCCGUCCGGCUUCGUCCCGGCCCGCGGCUUCCAGGAACAGUGUCUCGCGCGAGUCCCAACCUUCAACGACGGCUCGGCGGCCACCAGCAUGGACGUGGUGGUCGACGAGACGGGCGCGGUGCAGGCGCACGCCAGCCUGCGCACCCCGCCCACCGCGUACGGCCGGCGCGUGCGCUACACGGUCUUCGAGUUCGCCGAGCUCCUCGACAGCAGCUCGAUCGACGCAAAGGGCUGGGCGGAGAUCGCGCGCACCAUCGAGCGCAACUACACGCGCUUCGACGCGUUCGUCGUGCUGCACGGCACCGACAGCCUGGCCUACACGGGCUCGGCGCUGAGCUUCAUGCUGCAGAACCUGGGCAAGUCCGUGGUGCUGACUGGGUCGCAGGCGCCCAUGCUCGAGCUGCAGAACGACGCCACGGACAACCUGCUCGGCUCGCUCGUCGUCGCUGGCCACUUUAUGAUCCCCGAGGUGUGUCUGUAUUUCAAUAACAAGCUGUUCCGCGGGAACCGCGCCAGCAAGGUCGCCGCCAGCGAUUUUGCCGCCUUCGACUCGCCCAACUGUCCGCCGCUGGCUGUCACCACGUCCAUGCGGACUGUGGUGAAUUGGCAUCUCGUGCACCGCCCGCGGCUCAUCGAGCACUUUCGCAUCCAGACGAACCUCGACACCUCGCAUGUCGCCUGUCUGCGCAUUUUCCCGGGGAUUCAGCCUGAGAUGGUGGAUGCCGUGCUGCGGCUGGAUGGGCUGCGCGGGCUGGUGCUCGAGACGUUUGGCGCGGGGAAUGCGCCGCAUGGCAAGGAUAAUGCCAUGACCAAGGUGCUGGCGGAUGCGAUCCAGCGGGGGAUCGUCAUUGUCAAUGUGACUCAAUGCCUCACUGGCAGCGUAAGCCCCGUCUACGCGACGGGAAUGAGUCUUUCCAAAGCCGGGGUGGUCGCAGGGCUUGACCUGACGACCGAAGCCGCGCUCACGAAGCUGGCAUACCUCCUGGCGCUGCCGGACGCGACACCGGAAAAGGUCGCGCGACAGAUGUCGGUGUCGCUGCGCGGCGAGCUGACCGAGACUUCGACGCCGGUCUUCCAGCACCCGGAGAGCCACGCGCUGCCGGAACGGUUGCAGGCGCUGACGCUGCUGGGGUAUGCGAUAGCGCAGGGGGACCUGGAGCGGGUGCAGGAUAUUCUGAAACUGGACCAUGACUGGCUGCUGAACGAUGCGGAUUAUUCGGGGAACACGCCUAUCCAUCUGGCCGCCACUUCCCCCUCCGUGGCGAUUCUCCAUUUCCUCCUGUCGCAAGGCGGGUCGGUGCACUUGCGCAACCGACAGGGCCGCACGCCGCUGUUCCUGGCGGCCAAUGCCGGGCUGGCGGAGCAUGUGGUGCUGCUGCGCAAGUCAGGUGCGCAUUUGCAUUCGGAGGAGUGGGCGGCCGCAAAGCUGUUGGCGCGUCGGCGACCCGGGGUUUGGGGGUUGGCGGGGGUUGGGCCGCGCGAGAUGAUGGAGGAGAUGGAGCGAGAAGGGAUGGAGGAGAUGCGGGGGAUGGCCGGGUCAGCGCCGUAG